AUGGAACCAAUUCCAGAUAUUUCAAAAUUAAAUAUUAAUGAUUCUACUACCACCACCAACACCACCACCAACACAACACCAAAUAAAAAACCACAACAACAAAAUUCCAAACAAGCACCAAAAGUUGCAUUAUUAACAGAAGAACAAAUUAAAAAAUGUUUACCAAUUUUAAAAUGUGAAGUUAAAGAUUGUAAUAUUCAAAUGAAUUUAGAUCACUUUAAUAAUGGUUUACCAAUUCAUAUGGUCAUUAAUAAGGAAACUAAUGAUUUCGUUAUUGUUAAAGUUGAUAAUCAAGAAUUAGAAGAAUAUCAAUUAAUUUAUUCAGUACCAAAAAUUCAAUCAUUUAAAAAGGAUAUUUUAAUUCAACAACAGCAACCACAACAACCACAACAAAAAUCAGAAUCAUCAGCAGGUGCUGAUGAGGAGAAAGAGGAUACAACUGUAACAACUGUAACAACUGUAACAACUGUAACAACAACAACACCAACAAUUACUAAAUUUAAUUCAUAUUAUAUUUCAAAUAAAUGGAAUGGUAUGAAUAUUCAAGUAUUUAAAUAUAAUGGGGCAGAUGGUAAGGUGUAUAUUAGUGCAAAACCAAGAGCAUCACCAUUCAUUCAAAAUGAUUUAAAAUCUGGACCAAUCAUUGAUUUGAUUAAUGAAAUAUUUUCAAGAGAUCAAAUUGAAAUUACCACUGAAAAUGAUGGUAAUUACUUUAAGGUUACCACUAAUUUUAAUACUACCACCACAACAACAACAACAACAACAACAAAUGAUGAUGAUGGUGCAAAUACUAAUAAAUUAAUGGUACCAAAAUUAAUUGAAUCAUUAUUCUUAAAGAAAGAAAAAGAAAUUCAAUCAAUUGUUUUCGAAUUAUGUGGUAGCAAAUUACCACAUAUUGUAAAGUAUGAUUUUGAUAUUGAUUUGAAACCACUCUUUACAAUUUCAACUCAAGGUGGUUUAAUUAAACCAAUCAUUGACGACAAUAGUAGUAAAGAUAAUGGACAAAUUCAAUUUGUACAAUAUGUAAAAAUUAAUAAUAGUGAUAAUAAUAAUAAUAGUGAAGAAGAUAAUAAAAAAUUAAUUGAAUUAAUUGAUGAAAUUAAAAUUAAUUUAUUAAAAGAGAAUCAAGAAUUUAGAAAAGUUAAUGGAUUAUCAGAGAAUAUGAUUUGGUUUAAUCAUUUCUUACAAGAGGGUAGAGUAUUGUAUUUAUUGAAUGAUCAAGGUACUUUGAUUAAUCAUAGACAAAUCUAUUCAAUUAAACCAAAGGAUGCAGAGAAAUCACAUUGGGAGCAAUUUGAUAAUGGUAUUCAAACUAAACUUUUAAUGACCGUUAAAGAGAUGUCAGAGAAGUCAAUUACAAUCGAUAAGGAUACCUUGAGAAAGGAGUUGGAUUUAGACCAAGUCUCAUGGAACCGUCAUGAGAAUGAUAUUUGUUCGUUGGCAUUACCACCAGUGGUUGCAACACCAUUAUCGAAAUCAAAGUUGGUUAUCACUUGUGGUCUACCAGCAUGCGGUAAAAGUUAUUUCGCUCAAGCAAUCUCUGAACGUUCUUCUGGUGCUUGGAAACGUAUCAAUCAAGAUGAUCUUGGCACUCGUAAGAAAUGCGAAGAUCUCUUAAAACAGUACUUGAAGGCUGGUCAUAAUGUUAUCAUUGAUCGUUGUAAUCAAGAUAUCGGUCAACGUAGAAAUUGGAUUAAAUUAGCAGCAUCUUUAGGUGUAGCCCAAGUUCAUUUGAUUUGGUUCACAAUUGAUCAAACCAUUUGUAAAGGUCGUAUCGUUGUACGUGAAAAUCAUCCAACCAUUCCAAAAGGUGAUGAAGGUAUUGCUAUCAUUGAUAAAUUCCUCACAAUGUUUGUACCACCUUCUGAAUUUGAAGGUUUCGCUUCAUUAACUCAAGUUUCAAGUGAACAAGAAUCAAAUGAUUUAAUUGAAAAAUAUAUUUCAACUAUUGAUUCUUAA